CUCCAGUAGUUCAUUGUUAUAUGGACCCGUCGAUAAACGGAAGAGGAGACCUGGAAACUGGUGUAGAGACUUUUUCUGGUGGUAAACUACAUUUCCCCCUCCCAGAACGCGUGCCUUCGCUUGGAUGGAAGGGGAUUAACUUCACCGUUGGUAAACGCAAGAUUCUGAAGGAUUGCUCGGGUGUUAUCCACCCGGGGGAGUUUACAGCCGUUAUGGGCCCGUCGGGGUCUGGUAAAACUACUCUGAUGAACAUCUUAAGUGGAAGACAGAAUCCUUCUGGUCGCAACCUGAAGGUCGAAGGCGUGGUGACAUUAGAUGGUCGGGUUACGGCUCCUUCGAAGUUCCGUGAUAGCAUCGCUUAUGUGAUGCAAGAGGAUGCUCUCGUAUCGACGAGCACUCCUCGAGAGAUACUCGAAUUUGCGGCAACUCUAAAACUGGAUAAGAGCAAGCAAGAGGUAAGAUGAUAUACACGGUUUGCAUAGGUGUGAUCCUUGGUCCGUGGUCAGAUUAAGACUAUCGUCGACGAUAUGUUGGAGUACCUACGCCUGACUUCUUGUCAGACUACUAUGGUGGGAAACCAACUGACCCGAGGUAUAUCUGGUGGCGAACGCAAGAGGACUUCGAUUGGGGUGGAGCUGAUAACUCAGCCAAGUAUGAUAUUCUUGGACGAACCUUUAACUGGUUUGGACUCUUAUGCGGCUGUGACGACCUCGAGGAUCCUCAAGGGCUUGGCCAGGCUUGGUGUCACGGUUCUUAUGACAGUUCAUCAGCCUUCAAGUGAAGUAUUCGAACUCUUCGACAAGGUCAUGGUCAUCAGCGAAGGGGAGAUUGCCUACCAUGGCUUGAGGACUUCCCUUUCUGACUUCUUUAUUAAGCAUGCCAAGCUGACCUGCCCACCACAUUACAAUCUCGCGGACUUCACUCUAUACACACUCCAGACUGAGCGACCUGAGGUCAUUGCCGGUUUAGUUCAAGCAUACAAGGCUGAGAUCAGCGAUGGUCGUGAUGCUAACGGCUCUACUCUGGAAAAGGAUGUCCCUGAUGGAGCUGCUCAUACUCGCAAUAUUAAACCGCCAUAUCGAGCCGGCCUUCAUAAACAAUUCCAUAUGCUCGCUUUACGUGAGUUCAAAGCCGUUAUGAGGGAACCUAGCGUGUUCAUUAUACGCUAUAUUGUGGUUCUGUUCACGACCCUACUAUUGGGAUGUAUCUUCCAUAACGCUGGUAGACCAGGCUCAGAGCUCUUCUGGCUGAUGAAUGUACGACUCUUUCAGCCCUAUUUCUCUGCUGUAGUUAUGAUGUGCUUAAUGCAGCUGUUCGGUCCAGCUCAAACAGCGAUUAUCCGUUAUCCUGAGCAACGUAUGGUAUUCUUAAGAGAGUACACCAGUGGCAUGUAUUCGGUUAUCCCCUAUGUGGUAUCCAAGACCAUGGUGGAAUUACCCUUGGCACUGCUGGAAUGCUUCCUUCAAGUCGUCGCCUUUUACUGGAUUGUGAAUCUGCAGGGCAACUUCGUGUUGUGGUUGUUGCUUCUAUGGCUGCUCAAUCUGGUAUCAACCUCUCUGGCGCAGCUCUUGGGUGCUACUACUUCAACCAUAACCAGAGCCAUGCAGUUGAUGCCUUUGCUCUUCAUGCCUCAAAUCGCUUUCUCUGGCCUUUUCAUCAGCCUCGACAGGGUUCCUGUGUGGCUACGCUGGGGACAGUACAUCUCAUACCUCAAGUACGGCGUGAACCUUGGUUACUUCAUUGAGUUCGGCUUCGAUAUGCCGACUCUAGCGAAGAUGAACUCUAUAUACGCCAAUCUACUCGGUCUUGACAUUGGCGUGCUCCUCGGCAUGCUUAUACUUUUCCGUAUUUUGACCAUAGUCGUGCUCAGGCGCAAGGCUCGCUAUGUUCAUUGAUACUCAAUAGAAUCUUAUUCUUGCGCACUUAUCCUUGCGGCAUACUGCAGCCGCUGGAUAAACUACAUUUAUAACAUUUGAAAAAGUUAUAUGUCCUUGUUGAAAGCAAGUAGAUGAUUGCUAUAUGAGUGCAGAGCGCCCAGGCGAACACUUUCUGUGCGUUGAUGAAGGCGGGGCGACUCUGAACUAGCAGUCGUUGCCUAUUCGUUGUGUUACACUCCAGUAUUGGAGGAGAAGCAGACGUUGUACUGCUGUAGUGAGGCUAGGAAUAGCGUAGAGCUCCAGAGCUGUUGUACCCUGUUGUGUGAUGGGAAUCUUAUUUCGUAACUAGUACUAGAUGCCCGUGUACGCGCUUCUUGGUAGAACAUCACGACGAUAGAGCUUCACAUUCGUUAUUUAUUGGAGUCUUAUUUUUUGUCUUCUCCAUCGU